AUGUCUUCUUCGUCUCGCAAGCUCAUCUGGUUGGAUUGCGAUCCCGGUCACGACGAUGCCAUUGCGAUCCUUCUUGCCGUCCAUUGCCCAAGGAUCCAGCUGCUCGGAGUCUCCAGUUGUCAUGGAAAUGCACCCCUAUCCUGUACUCAUCUCAACGUCCUCCGCUUACUGCAUGCGUUUGGUGCCCCCAUCGACGUCCAUGCACAUCGAGGUGCGACAAAGCCCUUGAUACGUCCUGUCAGAGCCGACCCAGAGAUUCAUGGAGAGGAUGGCCUUGGAGGCGUCGAGGGACUGCCAUCCCUCGAAGACCCUGCCCUCAAAGAGAGGUAUCAUCUCGAUGGACGACGAUCAGCCACCGACGGAAUGGCAAAGGCCGUUAAAAACUCGUACCUCAACGGCCAGAAAGUCUCUAUCGUCUCCACAGGUCCAAUGACAAACGUCGCCGUCUUUCUCACUUUGCAUCCCGAAUUAUACGAAGCGAUAGAGGAGAUUGUCUUCAUGGGAGGUGGUGUAGGGCUUGGAAACCGCGGAGCAGUCGCCGAAUACAACAUCCUCUGUGAUCCCGAAGCAGCGCAAAUCGUGCUCGAUUGUGCCAUCAAGAAGACAAUGAUACCUCUGAAUGUCACACAUACCUGCAUAUUCACCAAAGAGAUCCACAAGCGUCUGUUGGCUGGCGUCGACGGACAGCCAGACGACGACAGCGACCCCUCCUCUGUUUCCAAAGCAGCGACACCCCUCCGCCACAUGCUUUCCACCAUCAUCCUCUAUUUCGCCAGCUCAUACAAAUCAACCUUUGGAUUUAACGAUGGACCUCCACUUCACGAUCCAUUGACAAUCGCAUACCUCUGUCAUCCUGAAAUCUUUAAAACGAAACGCUAUCGAGUCGAUGUCGAACUCGCGGGCACGCACACGACGGGCGAGACUGUUGUCGAUCUCUGGAACUACCGAAAGCUUUCGGACGACGACUGGGGGACGGGCAAAAACUGUUUGGUCGCAGAGUCUGUAGAUGUUGCAGCAUUCUUCGAUCUCCUUAUGGAUUGCGUGCGUAUGACAGAUGCCGUCUCCCCUCUGAACCAGUAA